GGCGUCGGGUCUCGCCGUGGCCCGCCUCAAUGGACUUCACCGAGAUCUAUCGCCACUCUGCGGGCCUCGUCGCCUUCAGCCCCGGCGCAAACUGGAUUCUGACGGCCGUGCAGGACCGCCUUAUCGUCCGUCGGACGGACACCUUCCUCAUCACGCGCACAUGGCUCGUGGACGCCACACCUUCCGCGACCGCCUCGGCAAUCGCCCCGCUUGCCAGAGCCAACGCCAGUCCUGAGCUCAUUACUCAUGCCGCAUGGGCCUGCGACUCAGAGUACCUCCUCGCCGCGUGCGCAAAGCACGGGGUGGUGUCCGUCUUCAAGAUGCGUGACGAAGAGUGGCGCGGCCGUAUAGAGGCCGGAGCGGAGGGCCUGGUCAAGGCCGAGUGGGCCCCCGAUGGCAGGAGCAUCUUGUGCUUCUCGGAGUGGGGUGUGAGUACGCUUCAUCAGCAAUUCAGAUGUAUCACAAUCUUCGUCAUCCUACCGCAGCUGAGAGUUACUAUCUGGUCUCUGGUUACCGGAACGGCGACGUAUAUUCAAUACCCGGUACAUCCUGAUCGAGGAUAUGCAUUUCGGACCGAUGGGCGUUAUUUCGUCUUGGCCGAAAGGCACAAAUCCAAGGAUACCGUAGGCGUCUACGACGCCAUUGACGGUUACAAACUCGUUAGGCAUUAUCCCUUACCGACAUCCUCCCUGUCGGCGCUCAGCCUCUCUCCUCGAGGCAAUCAUCUCGCCGUAUGGGAGGGGCCCCUGGAAUACAAGCUACACAUCCUGAGUUUAGCCGGCGAACAGCUGGCGACGUUUUCGCCUCGUCCGGACCCAGGUUUUGGCGUUCGACAGGUUGCAUGGCAUCCGUCCGGAGUCUUCGUUGCCGUCGGCGGGUGGGACGACAAGAUCCACAUUCUGGAUAGUUUGACCUGGACCCCUGCUGUCGUGCUUGAAUUUUACGCCCGGAUUCCAUCUGGCGUGACGGUCUGGCGAGAGCCCUCGAACUGGCUUGAAGCGACGCAGGGACGCGGGUUCCUCUCCUACGAACGUCUCCGAGGUCAGCAGGUCUUGCCCAACGCACGGGUUGAUCCAAGCAAGCCGAAUCCCAAGAGCGGCGCGGUGCAACUUGAUUGGAACAAAGAUGGCAGUUAUUUGCUUGUUCGCUUCGAAAAUUCGCCGCAGGCAGUCUUUCUAUACUCGUUCCCGGUCCCGGCGCCGUCUACCUCUCUUCCUGCCCGAUUUCCUGAUCCUUUCGCACCGAAAUUGCAUUCGGUGCUGAUUCACUCCAACCCGAUCUUGCACGCGCGCUGGAACCCACUCAGGAACGGAAGCCUGGCGCUCUGCUGCGGUAGCGGGGCGAUCUACACAUGGAGCGACGAGUGGGUUGGCGAAACCGAAGACGAAGAUACUCUGGGCCAGCCGAAUGAGGUCGCGGAGGAGAUGGCGGAGUGCAUAGGUGUUCCGGCUAAGAGAUUUGAUACGCGAGACAUCAAAUGGGCCCCCGAUGGCAAAGGUUUGAUCUUGAUCGACAAAGAUACCUUCUGCUGUGCAUUCGAAGUCGAAGAUCACGGAGGAGAGGCGGUUUGAAGGAGAUCUAUUUUUCUUGGAUUGCAGAGUUUCGUGUAUGAAUGCAACUAUAGUAUAUAUACAAACUGGCAGCACAUUAUAGUCAUUACAAACAGCAAUACGGGUUCUCUACAACUACACUGGCUACACUUCCAGGCAUACGUAUGUGGGUAAUGUCUGUGGUUUAACAUCUGGUAUUAUGUGGUCUCGUCCCUUACCUGUUGUGCGGUUUCCCGCACCGGACUCGAGACUUCAAUCAGCUCAAUUCCGCCCUCAGACGCCUUCCGCCUCUCCUUCUCUUUCCUACGUCUUUCCUUCCUUUCCUUCCGUUCUCGCCGCUCUUCUUCGGUCAUGUCCUUCUUGUCUUUCUUUUCCUUUUUCUUGUCCUUCAAGUGGUUGCUUGGGGCAGUCGGGAAGGUAACGACCAUUUCAGAAUCAUCGCCGACCCAUUUCUCCCCUUCAAUCUCGGUGAUCCAAUGCCAGAGUUCGCGGCAUACCUGGCCAGGAUGGCUUAGAAUUAACCAAUGAUCAGCAUCGAACUCCCUGAUCGUGACGUUCUGACAAUAUUCCCCAAUUUUCGCCUUUGCUGCGGACGAGACCGCGACAUAGUCCUUGGUGGCUCCGCCGAAGAAAACCGGGUGAGGCACGGUAUAGUCCUCGCGGGGAAGUUUUCGAUCAUCUUCAGCCUCGACGUUGGUGGUGAUCACACGGUACCAGUUCACGGCGCCAGCGAAGCCUCCUCUGAGCAAACUGCUUUUCAUGACCUUCUUGUCCUCUUCUGUGAGAUAGGGCGGAAGCGGUUCUUUGCGGUUUGCCAGCAGCCACGCCUUAAGACCGCCGAGCGGCGCCAUGUCCGUCUUCCAAAAUUCGGGGUCUGCAGGCCAUGCGAUGCUGAAGAACGAAUCGAAAUUGUGUUCAAUCAUGCGGUCGGCGCCUUCUUGCGACAUGAAGACCCAGUAGCCAUAGAGCUCGUAGCCGAGGGCAGCCUUGGAAGAUUCGAGGAUGGCCUGCAGAUCGAACUGCGGGGCUGGCGGGACAUAGCCUACGGCGAGGAAGGCGAAUGCAGUGAAGCGUUCGGGAAAGUAGUUGGCUAGCCGUGAGGCAAUCUUGGAACCCCAAUCGUGGCCGAUGCAGAUGGCCUUUUCCACGUUCUCGUUAUUCAGGAUUUCGAUGAUGUCUGCGCAUAUGAGACUCGACUUGUAGGAUUCUGGCGCGGUGGGCUUGUCUGUGCCGCCAAAGCCAAGCAUGUCGGGGACGAUCAGGCCAUAGCCCUGCUUCUGGAAGAAGAGGAUCUGGUGGCGCCAGUCAUAGGAGGUGGAUGGGAAUCCGUGCAAGAGCAGGAGAACGGGCUUGCUCUUACUCGCGGGAG